GGAGGGUACUUUCCUCUCAGCAUCUAUUGGAGAGAACAUUACAUUACAUUGUGCUUCAACUGAUGAUGUCCAGGUCGGAGCUAAACUUUACUGGUUCAGGCAAAAAUUGGGCAUGAAACCAGAGCUCAUCUCUUCAUACUUUAAAUAUGACCAAAAGAGUGAAUUUUAUGGAGAAUUUUUCAGGAGCAGUCGUUUCCAGCUGGAUUAUGACAAUAACAAAAAUGACUUACAUAUCAAGAAUGUAAACAUCUCUGAUUCUGCUGUUUAUCACUGUGUACAAUGCUUGUUACACCAAAGUGAGUUCCUGGAAAGUGUCACUGUGAUUGUGAAGAGUUUGAAACCUACAGUUGAAGUCCAUCAGUCUCCACAUGAGGAAACAGAAGCAGGACAUUCUGUGGUUCUAAACUGUAGUGUCCAGACUGAGAGGUGUGAAGGACAGCACAGGGUUCACUGGUUCAAACAGUCUGAAGAGUCUGCAGCAGGAGUCCUGUACAGUCAUGGAGGAGGUCGUGUGGGUGAAGAGUGUAAGAACAAUGGAAAAAGUCCAACCAACUCCUGUGUGUACAGCCUCCCCAUACACAAUGUGAACUCAGAGCAGACUGGGACCUACUACUGCGCUGUGGCCGCCUGUGGACAAGUCCUGUUUGGGAACGGGACCAGGGUCUCUAUUGAAGGGGCCCUGAAAGCUGCACUUGCCCAUGUGUACGUCUUAAGUGGAGCAUUGAUGUUCACCUCCAGUCUGCUCAUCGGAGUGACUUUGUGCGUGUGCUUUAAAAACAGCUCAGGACCAGGACAAAAUUCAGCCUCUUCAGUAAAGUCAAAGGGUUUUCCAAAACUUGUCCAGUACAUGGCAGCCGAGCAGAGGGCAGAAGACGACAGAAGAAAGUCUGGCGGCACAUGGACUAAAUGCGUCUACUACAGCAUGGAACGUUUGUAAUUUACUAUUAUUUUAAGAGUUUAAACAGGUUUUUAUACAUAGAUUUUUUAAGCGUUGAAGGGCUGUAUCUUCUUCCCGGUCUAUGUCCUAGUGUGGGGCAUCGUGCUCUAAACAUGAAGUGUGCACUGUGCACUGUGAAUUCAGGAAAUUGCUAGAAUCAUUAAAAUAAACAUCAAACUAGUUCACUGAAAAACUUGUAAAACGUGUAACAUACUCAAGGAAUAAAGAGCCUUUUAUUUGGAAAUAUAUUAGGAUGAUAAAUAAUUAACAUUCAGAACAUGUUGGCUGCUCAUUCAUAUGAGGUCAUUGACAUCGUCAUCCUAAAAUCUGUUUUCUUACCCAAAUGCUGCAGUGUCAGAUUUCCUCACAUCCUCAUGCUCUUUUUGUUAUUGACUUUAUUUCAUUUCUUGACCAAAUUAUUUCCAUUGUGCCUCUUUGGUUAGUUUAUAAAGUUACUCACCAGUAGGUAAAUUACCAUCAGAACUGUAGAAUAUUGGUGCAUGGAGCGAGCUCACGCUCACACACGGCUUUGAUUGACAGCCCAGGCUGCGUCUCAUGAACUGUUCUCUUGGCAGCGGCGGUCAACAGAGCAGCCCACGAGACGUAGUGCACAUGAGGUCUGCUCUGUUACAGACACCUACACAUCCUGCUCUGCUGCGCUCGUGUCACUACGAGUCACACCGCAGCGUCCCACAUAAACUCUAACACACGCUUACAGAGGAAAUGUCCCUCCCUCCUCAGCGCUGAUCUGUCAUAUCAGUCACUUGUGCUGGGCAAACGCAGGUCUCCCUCCCCGUGUGUUUGUGGUUUAAUGCAACUCUGCACAAAGAGGUAAAAUCAGAAACAUAUUCCAUAAUCCACAAGACAUCCACCUGUUUGGGAGCAUAAACCCAGCCACUUCUGUGUCGGCUCAUCCAAAAAUGUAUAAUCCUGCUAUUGGUUCAUAUUUACAUUGUACUGACUUUUUUCAGAUUUUCCUUUUUUCCCUCACACCUCUCUGUUUGUCUGGUAAUGAGGCAGAGUCUGCAGACUUCACCCACGUGGGCAGUGCUUGUAAAUGCCACAGUGGUCACAGAUGGUUCAGAUACAUCAGUAUAUACAGUAUGUAGUGUCCCACUCCAGCCCCCAGUGGACAAGUGCAGUCCGACCUGAACAUGCCCCUUGUUAACACUAGUGAUAAGACUCGGGAAUGAUACAUGCCCAAAACUAUGUAUGUUUCAUGAUAAAGGAGUUUAAAUAAAAUGACUCUUUAUUUGUUUUGAUCCAAUAGAUUUUUUAUUUUUUUUUCUGUACACUGUCUGGUAUUUUAGUAUAACAUUCAGCGACAGC